AUGGCAGGCACCUUCACUCGAGUGCUGUCUGGACGCAACACGGCGGUCAUGCUGGCCAGCCUUGGCGCCGGCACCCUGGCAUCGGGCUACCUGAUGAGCGACAGCGGAAGUGCUGCCGUUGGCGAGAAGAGGAAGAUGUACCCCCCUAGUGCCGACUAUCCGGACCUUCGCAAGCACAACAACUGCAUGGCGUCUGCUCUCACCCCGGCCAUCUACGGGCGCCUCAGAGACAAGACCACCCCCUACAACUGGACCCUGGACCAGUCCAUCCAGACGGGGGUGGACAACCCCGGGCACCCAUUCAUCAAGACCGUGGGCAUGGUGGCUGGAGAUGAGGAGAGCUACGAGGUGUUUGCGGACCUCUUUGACCCUGUCAUCAAAGAAAGGCAUAAUGGCUACGACCCGAGAACUAUGAAGCACCCCACGGACCUGGACAGCUCCAAGAUCACCUCGGGGAUGUUCGACGAGCGCUACGUGCUGUCCUCCCGCGUGCGCACGGGCCGCAGCAUCCGCGGUCUCAGCCUGCCGCCGGCCUGCUCGCGCUCCGAGCGCCGGGAGGUGGAGCGAGUCGUCGUGCAGGCCUUGGCAGGGCUCAAGGGGGACCUCGCCGGGCGCUACUACAGCCUGGGGGACAUGACCGAGCACGAGCAGCAGAGGCUCAUCGACGAGCAUUUCCUCUUUGAUAAGCCCGUGUCUCCUCUGCUAACUGCCGCUGGAAUGGCCAGAGACUGGCCUGACGCCCGAGGAAUUUGGCACAACAAUGAGAAGAAUUUCUUGGUAUGGAUCAAUGAGGAGGACCACACGCGGGUCAUAUCCAUGGAAAAGGGAGGAAACAUGAAGAGAGUGUUUGAGAGGUUCUGUCGUGGACUGAAAGAGGUGGAGCGGCUCAUUAUGGAACGAGGCUGGGAGUUCAUGUGGAACGAGCGCCUCGGCUACAUCCUCACCUGCCCCUCCAACCUGGGCACGGGGCUGAGGGCGGGGGUGCACAUCCGCCUGCCAAACCUCGGCAAGGACCCUCGGUUCAGCAAGAUCCUGGAGAACCUGAGGCUCCAGAAGCGAGGCACCGGGGGCGUGGACACUGCCGCCGUGGGCGACACCUUCGACAUUUCAAACCUUGAUCGCCUGGGCAAAUCUGAGGUGGAGCUUGUGCAGCUGGUGGUGGAUGGCGUCAACUACCUGAUCGAGUGUGAGAAGAGGCUGGAGAGGGGGCAGGACAUCAGGAUCCCACCACCGCUGCCCCAGUUCAAGAAGUGA